AUUGGCACGUACCAAGUCUUUCCAGGUUACAUGUCCUCCCCGAGUCCCAGACCUUAGAAAUCACUGAUCGAAGAUCCAGUCGGAGGGAAAGUAGAGACCACUUUGUGUCUGGCGGGAGUCCUGCGUCGUCGGGGAGCGAGGGAGGGCGCGGGGCCGAGGCACACCUUAGCGGCCCUCCCCGCCUCGGGCCGUAGUCCAGUCCCAAGAUGGCGGCCACCAUGAAGAAGGCGGCUGCAGAAGAUGUCAACGUUACUUUUGAAGAUCAACAAAAGAUAAACAAAUUUGCACGGAAUACGAGUAGAAUCACAGAGCUGAAGGAAGAAAUAGAAGUAAAAAAGAAACAACUCCAGAAUUUAGAAGAUGCUUGUGAGGAUAUCAUGCUUGCAGACGACGACUGCUUAAUGAUACCUUAUCAGAUUGGUGAUGUUUUCAUUAGCCAUUCUCAAGAAGAAACACAAGACAUGUUAGAAGAAGCAAAGAAAAAUUUGCAAGAAGAAAUUGAUGCCUUAGAAUCCAGAGUGGAAUCAAUUCAGCGGGUGUUAGCAGAUUUGAAAGUUCAGUUAUAUGCAAAAUUUGGGAGUAACAUAAACCUUGAAGCUGAUGAAAGUUAAACAUUUUAUAAUACUUUUUUAAUUUGUUUAAUAAACUUGAAUAUUGUUUAAAAUGAUAA